UUGUGAAGUCUCCGCCAAAACGAUGUUCAGCUAGAGUCAACUUGUUCAUGCAUCUAUACAUGAUGUCUACUACACGCCAUGAAGAGACUAUUCGAACGAUAAAAUAGAAUUAAACGGGUCGGCCGCACAUAGCUCUGAUCAGGGAAGUUAAAAAAAGAACAGAAGUGCUUGCUCCUAAUAUAAAACGACAUGCAAUCUUCUGUUUGAAAGCGGUUGGAAAACCUAAGACAGCAGUUGGCUUGGAAUUAUCUAUUAAACUGCGAGAGACGAUUUCAUUUUUGAACGCUACAAUCCCAAGCACUCGCUUGCUCCUCUUUUUAGGUUUUUGGAUUGAAAUUCUGUUUUGAGAGUGCGGAGAGAAGGGAAUUGAACUGACGAUGGAAGGAGAGGACGCAAAGGUGAAGGUGGGCGGGUUAUGGUCAGGAACAAUCCAAGUGGAUUUGGACAAGUGGACGGUAUCUAUGCUCAGAGAUGAAUUGGGCAAGAAAUCAAAUUGUUCCCCGGACUCUCUCAAUGUAAUUUGCGCUGGUAGAAUUCUCAAGCAUGAAUUGGCGGACACAAUUCUCCGCAACGUUGGUUUCAAGUGCAAUUCCAAAAUAUUAAUCAGCAAAGUUGCAGCGGAUCAGGGAAAAGCAAUCAAUGAUGAGCUGACCACUCAGACCCGCCUUGCUCGUAUCAAAGCUGCAGUAGAUGCAAUGACAAAGAGACAUACCAAUGAUUCGUUCCCAGUUGAUCAAUUCAGCAUCGAACUUGAGAAUCAGCAUGGGGAAAAGAUGUCGGCUGUUUCUGAGACUGACCAAAGGGCUGUUAUGAUGGGACUAAUGCUUCAUGCAAAAGGUCGACAUUUUAUUGAGAAGGGACAAUAUAAAGAGGCUCUUGAAAUACUUUCCAUGGGAGAGGAGGCAUUUACCCUUUGUAAUCAAAAAGUACUUGAGAUGGUGGACAAUGUUCCUUUAUUGCAAAUAGACACAGUUUGGUGUUAUUUCAUGCUGCGCGACAUAUCCUGCUUGUCUAUGGCUGGAAGACGUUUAAAAGAAGCUCGCAAAGGGCUUGAACGGUGCUAUGGUGCCAACAUGGAGAGAGCUAGGGUUUUGCAAGGAGGAUUUUGUCCAGAACUUGCCAUAUUUACACGACUCGAGCUUCUAGAAGGGAUUGUUGCAUACCAUACUGAAUUAUUUAAAGAAUCACACAAGGCACUGAAAUCAGCUCAAGAGAAAUAUAACAAGCUUCAGGUCUCAGAUGAAGCUUUGGCACAGCUGGUGAGCAUGGGUUAUACAGAGCAACAGUCCAGACGGGCUUUAAGAAUGUCUGAUCAAAAUGUUCAACGUGCUGUAGAGUUUGCCAUUGAAGAAAAAGAAAAAAUUAACAAGAGAAUACAAGAAGACAGACUAAGAAACAAAGAGAUCAGAGAGCAAAAAUCUUACGGCAGGACACUAAUGGGAAAGGCAGUAGAUAUGACAAUUCUUUCCAGGCUUGCCUCACUUGGGUAUGAGAAAGCCCUAGCAUCAGAAGCACUUCGAAAGAAUGAAAAUGACAUGCAAAAAGCCUUGGACGACUUAACAGAUCCUGAAUCAAACUCUGUUUUGCAGCAUUCUGUGGACUCCAGGAGACGGAAGAGGAGAAAAUCUUUCAAAGAAGAAGAUAUUGCAGAAAUAUUAUCAAUGGGUUUUGAAAGAAGCAGAGUCGUCAAAGCUUUAUCAAACUCAGGUACAAAAGAACAUGCUAUAGAUUUCCUUCUCAGAGAGCUCCCAAAUCAAGCUGGAGGCUCUAGUGGUGGAAGUGCAUCUGAGGGAAGUUCAGUUGCUAAAGAAGAUAGCCAGCCAGAUGACACUCCAGGUUCUCAAGACCAGAUGCAAGAUGACAUGGGGCAUCCGAUCAAUGGUACAUCCCUAGAAGAGCGGGAUGAAGAGAUGGAGGAAGAGAUUGCAAAGAGCUUGACUGGAGACCCACUAGCAGAUUAUGACAUUGAAGUUGAAGAAGAGGGUAGAGCCAUUGUAGAGUAUUUAACAUUACUUGCAUCAUCUGGACAUGGACAGUAAUAUUUAAACUAAUUUUGCAAAGAAUUUCUCUGUUCACAAUGUUAUUGAGGGACAAAGUAUAUAAUUCAGAUAGCUUAUUAUGUAUUGAAGAAUUCCUGCUAUAAAAUUCAACACCAAAGCAUAUGAGUAUCUAAGCACAUUGUAGAUUGAAAAUGCCUGCUAUCAGAAAUUUAUCUUAUGAAUUGGAGAAUUCCUGCUAUGAAAUUCAACACCAAAGCAUAUGAGUAUCUAAGCACAUCGUAGAUUGAAAAUGCCUUC